AUGUCCAAAACUGCUCUGGUAACUGGAGCUACCGGCCUACUUGGCCGUCAAGUAGUCCGAGCCUUCGAGAGGAACAAAUGGAACGUUAAGGGGACAGGCUACUCUCGCGCUGAUGGAAUAUCGGUUCUCAAGGUUGAUCUGGUAAAAGCAGAAGAUGUUACUGCUGCGUUGGACAAUGUGAAACCACAGGUUGUAGUCCAUUGCGCCGCGAACCGAUUCCCCGAUAAAUGCGACAACGACCCUGAAGGAACCCGCGCAUUGAAUGUCGAAGCUACUAAGAGACUUGCUUCGCUAUGCGCAGCCCAUGGUAUCCUACUCAUUUACAUAUCAACCGACUACGUAUUCCCGGGCAAACCCGGCGACGCGCCCUACGAAGCGGAUGCUACACCAUCACCCACGAACUUAUAUGGACAGACGAAGCUAGACGGCGAAAAAGUCGUCAUAGAAGAAUACGAACGAGCUGGAAAGUCGGGAUUAGGCGUCGUCCUGCGGGUUCCCGUACUAUAUGGCGAUGCUGAAGUGCCAUCGGAGAGCGCCGUGAAUAUCCUCCUUGAUACAGUAUGGAAGGCACAAGAACAAGAUGCUAAGAUUAAGAUGGAUCACUGGGCUUGGCGUUACCCUACCAAUGUGAGUUACCAGACUGAGGAUGUAGGGCGAGUGUGUCACGACAUUUCUGUCAAAUACCGAGGUUCCAAUGAUCCCUCGAAACUAGCCCAUAUCCUCCAAUUUUCCUCGGAGGACAAGCUUACCAAGUAUGAGAUGUGCAAGCUAUUUGGCGAAAUCAUGGGGCUAUCAAUCGCAGCCAUUGAACCUAACACGGAAGGGAACGAUCCCAACGCAUCAGUACAGAGGCCGUACGACUGCCACCUCAGCACCAAGGCGCUCAAAAAUCUUGGUAUUGACGUGUCAACUCAAGACUUUACUGGUUGGUGGAGAUGGAAUGUCAGGGCCUUCAGAAAAUAA